AUGGCAAAUUCCACCCUUCCACCAAUCAGCACCAGUCAGCAACAACCAACGGCAGUCAGCAUCAUGCAGGCGAGAGCACCGCCCAUGAUCCACCCAUCCCGCCAAUGGGUCAACCCCAACAUCAAAGCCAACCAGGAAAAGCAAGCUCUCAACCGAUCUCGUCGCCGCAUCUGCAAGAAUAGUCCAUUCUGGUCCUUCAACUUCGACCUCGCCCAGCACCAUCGUGACUGGGCCGCCGGCAAGGACCGUGAAGCCCGCCACAAAGCCACCGCAGCCCUGCUCCAGCUCGAAUCCAGCAUCGCUGCCCAAGACGGCGACCCCUUCCCUAUCCCACCUCCGCCAAUCCGCCGCCCCCUCGACGGCAAAAGCUUCACCACGGCGCACAGCAACGUUCUCUCACUCCCCACAGUCUUCUGCCCGCAGUUCAAGCUCGGCAAGCAAGAAGAAGCCCCCUGGCCCACCAAAUCGGAGAUGAAGUACGAAGGCGACGACCGCAUCUCCACUGAUCGCUUGCACGGCAGGUUCCCCGGCGCGCCAAGAGUUCCAGGAAACGAGACGGUGAACUGGCAGCACAAGGCGAUUAUUAUACAGUGGCCUUUUGACGACUUCUUGUUCCCGCUGCCCGGGGAGGUGGAGAUUUGGAUGCGCGGGCAUGUGGUGGGGGAGUUGGAGUUUAGCGAGAAAGAGGCGGAGGUGGUGCUGGGGGGUGAGAUUAUGGGGUUGUUGGAUCCGCAGGAUCAGUUUCUGGAGUGA